GAUAAAAUUAAAAUUACAAUGGAAGUUUAAAACUUUACAGUAUAAAUUGUAUAUAGUACUAGAAGACUUCUUUGCAAUGUUCAUAAUAGUAGCAACAGAUGCACAAAAUAUGUUUAAGCAAGUUUUCACAACAGUUUUUAACUUGGAUGUCAACAAAAAAAUACAAAUACAGCAUUCAGCUAGCUUAUUUUAUAACACCUCUUAUGAUCAAAGUUUAUUUUUAAAAGAUUUUAACACCCACAUUUUUUCUAUAAAUUAUGCUAAAAAAUUGAAUUCUCUUAUUGCAGUAUAUGAUGAAGUCAUUGAUAGCUCCUUGCAAUCUUGUAAUAUUUAUGCUAUGAAACCAGAACAAGACAGUUGUAUAUUAGCAGCAUUAUCUGAUAACGAUUCAGGUGUAGCUGCUGAUGCUUCAAAUCCUACUAGCACACAUAAUUCCUUGAACUCUUCUUCUAAGCCUCCCCGGGGAAUUAAUAAAAAUUUCAAUAAAAAUAAGAAUGCUUCAUCCAGGUCCUCCAUUUCUUCAGGUUCAUCAGUUUCUAGUCCAGAACUAUCAAAGCGACAUUUACAACCCUCGUUUAGUCGAGACAUAAAUCGCAAGUCUUUGUCUACAAAUCAUCCUAUGUUGUAUACAUGGAUAGAUCAACAAGACAAGUUUGGCGGUGGAGACAUGUAUGCUGUUACGCGGCAGGAUAAAGUUGACCAAAAUAUCAAAGAUAAUGACUCAGAAUCAUCGUUUGACCAAGAAAUUUUACUUGAUCACUAUGCCUUAAAAUGCGUUGACAUACAACCAUAUACAACUUCAGAUGGGCGUGAAAUUGGUUUGGUUGUACAAAAUGUUGUUGAAGGAAGUUAUGUCGAUAGAAUAGGGGAAUUGCAAACUGCUGACAGAAUAACUGAAGUAAAUGGCAUGGUUUUAACAGGUUUUUCCAAUGCAAAAGCAAAAGAAAUGUUUAACGAAGCUUUGAAAUCAGAAGUUAUUCGUCUUAAACGGACUCGUUCACAUCAUUUUCUCAAAGAUCAAAUUGAAGUACCUCAUUUAGAUUUAAUAAGCUCUGAAAAUUCUAAAGAACUUUUAAAACAGAGCAAAGAAGCUCCAAAGGUUUCAGUAUCAUCUGUAGAUAGUCAACCAAAAGAAGCUGCCAUUGAAGCUGAUUCAAAAGAAGAAGAAAAAAAAUCUAAUAAACAUAACUUUGUUGUUAGUCUUACAAAGGGAAAAGAUGGUCUGGGGUUUACUAUCACCAGUAAAGAUGUUUUAACAAGUAAUACUAGAGAGUUUUUUAUAAAAAAUAUAUUGAAUAAAGGAGCUGCAAUAAAUGAUGGCAGAUUGAGAGCUGGAGAUGAGCUAAUAAAGGUUAAUGAUGUUUCAUUGUACGAUAAAAGUCAAUCGGAUGUUGUUAAGAUACUUCGAGAAUCAGAGGGAGUGUUAACUCUUCAACUUGCAAGGAAAAAAUCGUUUCAAGAAGAUAUACAUUUUGAAGACUCCAAGUGUCUCCCAGAAGAAAGCAUUAAAACAAAUAAUUCAUCAGAUAUAGUGAAAAAUUCUUUUUCUGAAGAGAUUCUUAAGCUCACCAUACCUCUUAAUAAUCAAGGCUCGGCCGGAUUAGGGAUAAGCCUAAAAGCAAAAGUAAAUGAAGUUACUAAAGAAGAUCUUGGCAUAUACAUCCAAUCAGUUUUGAAAGGUGGUGCAGCCGCAAAGGAUGGAAGAUUGAUGGCCAAGGAUAAACUUAUUAGUAUUAAUGACACUAUAUUAAUUGGAAUGUUAAAUGAUGAAGCUAUGGCUUUGAUUCGUAUAGCUAUGGAAGAGUCAGUACAAAAAGAUUUUAUUCAAAUUGUUAUUAGUCGUCAAUCAAGAACUAAUUAUAUGCCCAAUAAGGAUGAUCAUAUUCUAUCCAGCAGCCCAAUUAAUGAUAGUAUGAAAGUUACAACAGAUCUUGUUGACCAUGGUGACCAUGAUUCUUUAAUUGAGGAAAAAAGUCAGAAAUUAUCCGGGCACAAUCCUGUUAGAAAUAAAUCAUACUUUAAAGCCUGUCCAUUAAUUUUAUCUGAUGAAAACAAACAGUUUGAUGGUGGUUCUACUGCAGAAGUACAAUCUAAAGCUUGUGUUGAAAAAACCCCUGUUGAAGAAGUUCCUAAAAAACAAUUAGCAAAUUAUGAAAUGCCCCCAUCUUACGAAGAAGCUGUGAGUCGUAAGCUUUCAAAUAACAAUAUAAUUAAGGAAAGAGUGAAAUUAAGAAUGGUACCUGGUUCAAUUUUUGCUGUACCAUUUGAUGAAAUCCAAAAGCAAGAAGCAAAAAUAAAUGCAUUUAAACCUCUUGCAAGAACUAAACUUAUGAGUAGUAGUCAAUCAAAUAUCGACAAGUUGGAUUCUGCUAGAAUGUCCAUUGUUUCACAGUCUUCAUUAGAAUCCUUUAUGGUAGGACCUGAUAAAAUUCCAUUUUCACGCCAUGCGUUUGGAAGAUCUUCUAUGUCAGAAAGAAAAGGGCGCGCACAUAUUGAUGCAACCAAGAGUGAGCUAUAUAACAAAUUAAAGAAAUUUAAAAGUAUGGAAGAACUUAGAGCAUCACGCAUGUUAGAAAUGGACUUCAAUGCUAAUUUUAUAGACAGACAGACACACAAAAAUGAUCAGUUAAUCGAUUACGAAUUGAACAUGUUUGAAAAAAACAACAAUCAAAGCUCACCAAACGAUAUAUCUUUCGCUGCUAAUCACCUUUCAGUCAAUGGUAACAAAAUGAAGGAUCAUAAAAUCGAUAAUUCCAAUAACAGAUACUUAAAAUAUUCUAAAAUGCACCCACCGAAAUCAAAUCGAAAAAUAAAAACACGUCCUUACUCAUGCCUUAUUGAUGGUAACGAUGUCAGAAAUCGAAAUAUGGCGUUAAACAAUAGCUUCCAAGAAGCGUUAAACUGUUCAGAUGAAUCUUUUUCACCAGUGUUAAAAGUUCCAGCUCGCAAAAAAUCUGCCCCCGAAAGAUCGCUUUUUUUUGUAGACGAAAAGAAGCGGAAAGGUUUUUUAAAAGGAAUCGGCGACCUGCUGAAAUGGAAUAAGAAGAUAAAAGAUGAAGGCGUUACUGUAAACGACAUAAGUAAAAUUAAAAACAGUCAUUGCAACAUUGAUUGUGUAAAACCACGCCCUUUAAGUUUGAGUGCUGAAUCGAUAGCUUCGUCUCCUUACUUAGACUUUAACAACAAAAAUAUCAUGUGUUUACAAGAGGAUUUAUUUCAAAAAGAAUUAGUUAAUGCAAAAAUACAAGAGAAGAAAAAAAUGAAAGCGGAGGGAAGGAACGAUCCCCUUCAUAAUAAUAAAUCACCCACUUCAAAUCUUUAUAAAUGUUCACAUAUUGCUUAUAAACCAGCAACAUUGCCGGAUAAAACAUCACACGAAACGUGGAGCGUUCAUAAUGCCGCUACUAUGCGUGAAAAAACGAAACAGUUUUACCCAGAUGUUCGAAACAGUACAAGAAGUACGCGUGAUUUUCAUUUACAACGUCAAAGUUCACUACCUCCAAGGAGUAAAAAAGAAGUAAAUCCUUUUAUUGCUGAACAAAAAAAAGUGGCUCAUGUCAUUUCCGAACCAAUCAAAAGCAGGUUUGCUUUAGAAACAGAAGAUAUUUUUCAUACAAAAAAAAACUCCCCAGUUCAACUUACGUCUAUUCAUAAACUUGAAGAAAUCAAGAAAACACCGAGCUCAUAUCCUAUCAAUAGCAAAUCAUUACCUACACAAAAAACAAAUGUUCAACAAAUAACAAAGUUAAACCGUGAGAACGUGUCGAUAACACAUCAGGCGCAGGUUUAAUUUUUAUAUAUAUUUGCCAAAAUAUAUUUAAUCCCCAUUAGCACUUCUAAAUGAAAUAAAAAAACCUAAAUAUUAAAAUUACUCAUUUCACUGCAAUUUUAACUUAAAAGGUUUUACAAAUCUCAAGGAUAAAAAUUAACAUGAUCAAAUUAUUUUAUAAUUAAUUUCGCAUAUUUUAAACAUGUUUGCUAGAAAUUAGUGACUAUUUAUUAUAAUUCAUAUUUUAGCAUUUUUGCUAAUAUAUCCCAUAAGUGUUUACUUUCUGUUGUAAGCAUAAAUAUAUCAAAGUUUAUUUAUUUAGAAGUUUUAAAGAUAAUUAUAAUCUAGAAUUUUUUUACAUUGAAAAUGUUGUUAAAUAAUUUUAGAAUGUCAUUUUUUUUUAAUUGAAAAUGUUUUUUUUUUUCUUUUUUUCGCGGCGUCAUCAGGAAAAUACUUGUAAAUUAUGGGUAUUUUGCGAAUACGAAAUUUGAAUAUAGCUUUUUUGCUUCUCUCGCCUGUUUAUAAGAUAUAUACUAUAAGAUAAAUAUAUAUAUAUAUAUUUUUGUUGUUCAUUUAGUUUUUUAGUAGCAUCUUGAAAGCUUUUUUAUUUACAAACAUUCAUUUUUGUGUAAAUGUCGCUCCAUGACCAACUUUUUUAAACGUCUUUAUAAAUGCUGUGUACAUUU